AUGAUGAGGUUCUUUCUUGUUACUGGGAGUAAAGAUACGAGGAUCAAAAUCUGGAAUCGAAGGGAUUAUUUGGUGGAGAGGGAUGAUGGGAAGAUUAUUAUUUUACCUGCUUAUAGGGAAUUGCGCUGUCUGAGAGGUCAUGUCGCUGCUGUUAAUGUCGUUAGGAUAUUUCAGCAUACUCUUGCUUCUGGAGGCGGGGAUCGGGUUAUACAUCUCUGGGAUCUUCGAACGGGGCAGAUGUUACGGAGUCUAAGAGGGCAUGUCACCGGUGUUGUCUGUUUGCAAUAUACGGGAAACUUGAUCAUCUCCGGGUCAUCCGAUAAAACUGCACGUAUCUUCGAUUUGGAGCGGCCGGAUGAAGAGGUUCAGAUUGCGUGUCUCGAAGGGCAUGAGGGUAUCGUUCGUGCUUUGCAGGUUCAAAAGUCGGAAAUGGAGGCAAAGGUACUGCUGCAGAUCGUGACGGGGAGCUAUGAUGGGACUGUUAAGAUAUGGCACCCUGAUGAUGGUGAUUCGAGUUGUUGGAGGCCUCAUCUCACGCUUUCGGUUCAGGAGGAUACUACGGGAGACGAAAAUCGGGUGUUUAAUGUUCAGUGUGAUGAGAGGAGAUUGGUGUGUUGCUCGCAGAACAGCAUUGUACUUUGGGACUUUGGCUUGGAUGAGCAGGAUAUAAGUUCUGGUGAGGUGGAUUCUGUGCGGCGUGGUGGAGAGGUGUAA